AAGAAGAUUCCUGAAAUCUGAAAAUAUUGGUGAGCUAAUAACUUUAAAAUAAAUUAUGAAAUAUUGGUGGACUUUAAAAUCCUACAAUGUCAAAUAAAGGUGACAGUUUUAUUAGCAACUUAUCGAAUCUAUUACAGCAGGAUUAUCGUGGAGUAAAUAUAGCUGUUUAUGCUCUCGCUACAGCUGGUUUAGCUGUUUCCAUAUACAAAAUCCGGCCGGUUAGCAAGUUUUCGAAAGCGAGUAAAAUCCCAGAUCAUUUCCUACGCAAUCAUGAACCGCUGAGAGGAAUGUAUGCAGGCAUACAACACUCACCAGUAUGUUUGCUAGUGAACCACCAAGCUCCUAUAUAUUUACCUUUAUGGCAUUCCAGCAAACCUCCUUUACCAGUAAAGCUUUGGGGUGUUGAUGUUGUAAGUGGCAAUGCUGUAAAUUGGCUGGAAUGUGUUGCCCGUGGACAAAAGCUUACUCUGAAACCUAUUACCAGGGAGCAGGACACUCUCGUUUCAACUGUAUUAUUGCAUUUACCACAACCUAAGACUAAAUCGGUGGAGACACUUGAUGUUGGCCACAAAUUGGUUGAAUUGGGAUUUGCUAAAGCCUCUGUUCCACAAAACAUUGCUAAAGACACAUUGGAGUCCCAACUUGCUCCGGCACUGUUGUCUGCGGAAGCUCGUGCCAAAAGCUAUCGAAAUGGUGUUUGGUCUGACAUACUCCCUCCGCUUCCACUCUACAUCUUAUAUUGGAGAAAGAGUUCUCAACUUGUAAUAGAGUUCAUCUCAAUCAGUUUUAAAAAAUUGUUACCAAUUUUAUUAUUUGUUUUCAAAAGUGCCUUGGUUGGUGUGAAAAAACUAGCUCUUAUGCCAUUCAAAUCAAAAUCUAAGCAGAUACAAGCAACAUGAUAGCAUUUAUCGUUAAAUGAAUAUUUUACUUAAAUUUCUUGUAAGGAUAGGUACCAAAUGCAUUAUAAAAGAAUGUGAUUUUUAGGUACUCUACAACUUCCAAAAUUUACAUUUGUCUAUAACAAAACUGUAUAUACUGUUGGUUAAUAAAGGUUUCUAAAUU